GAUACCCAGAUAUUUUUGAUGGAUACAUCAGUUAUAAACGUAUUUUUGAUUAAUUGAAACCUUAAGUCUGCAUAAGACGUAAGUAUAGUAUGUAAGUAGUUAAGAGUAGUAGAUGCAAAGAAAUCAUUUUGAGAACUGUUGCAAAUGUCUACCUUCCACAAUCCACAAUCUCUGAGCCGUCAAAAAGAUGAUGGUAAGGAACAAAAUACUAUCUGCAGAAUAUAGAGACUAAAAUGUGAACAUUAUUCACACCUAUUACGUACUAGGCAGUUCACAAUAUAUACAAUUACACUAUAUUAUGUUAAGUCUUGAUUCUGUCCCUCAGAUUCACAGUCGAUAUUUAGCGCUAAGUGUGACUCUUGCAUGUCAAAAACGCAUUGGAUUAAAUGUACGGGUGAAGUUGUGGUUGUGAAAGUUGAAUGUGUAGUUCUUAAUGAUUCAUAUAACCCUGAAUCCCGAGGGGUGCGGCUUCCUACAUUGGUUUUAAUUUAUCGAUUAAAAUGCUGUAGUUUCAAUAGGUUAGGUUAGGAUAGACUAUAGUUAAUCAGUAUACUCUAUAAUAGGAUAUUAUAUUUAGUCUUAGUGUAAUCUGUGCAGUUUGUAAUAAAAAAAACAUUAUUGAAUAUUAACACUGAGAACUAUUAAAAAAUAUUCAAAGCCGAAAGCAAAACCGGUGGCAAAAUCAAGGAUAAGUAAACGACAAGUAGUUUAACAAGCUUAUAUAAAAAUUGAACUUAAUAACAAUCAUUGAAAAUUAAGAUGCAUUGGAAAUAAAGUUCCACUGGUAUAUUCUGUAAUUUACUCCUAAUAGGUAGAAAUACAUAAACACUAUGUUCAAAAUAAACUUAUUAACCAAACCUGCUAUAGCAUGUGCUCGAUCUAUGAAAAAAUUAUCGUCGAAAGCUAAUGCAGCUUUCGAUCCAUUAAAUUAUUGUGCUGACAUUGUAAGAUAGACAGUAUGAUUAUGAGAACUAUUUGGCAACUCUUCUUAUGACUAAAGCUAUACGGUCACCAGCAUUGGUUAUAAGAGCAUUCAAUGUAGAAGUUGCGAGAGUGCAAGAUCAAACAACUGAUCCACAAAUAGCAACAAUGAGAUUACAAUUUUGGCAAGAUUCCCUCAACAAAAUAUUUCAUAAAUCUAUGGACAAAUCAACAAUACCUGCCAAUCCUGUUGUUCAGCAAUUGUUUAAAGUUUGUCAAAGUUAUAAAUUACCCCAAAGGUAUUUAGAACGAUUAAUUACAUCUAGGAGCAAUAUAUUAAAAACCAAAUACUUUAGAACAAUUGAAGAUAUAGAGAAGCACUCUGAAAAUUCAGUGUCAUCAAUUUACUAUCUACUACUAAGCAUAGCUGGAAUUACUAAUGUACAUGCUGAUCAUGCUGCAUCACAUUUAGGAAAAUCUCAAGGAUUAGCCAAUAUCCUAAGAUCCAUCCAUGUGUCUAACCAUCACAAGAUGGUAACAUUACCUAUGGAUAUUUUAAUGAAAUAUAAAAUAAGUCAAGAAUCAAUAUUAAGAGGAAUUGAUAAUGAAGCUAUGCGUAAUGUUGUUUUUGAAGUAGCAAGUAGGGCAAAUAGCCAUUUAGAAAAAGCUAGAGCUAUAGAAAUACCAAAACUUGCAAACCAGAUUUUUCUACCAGCAAUUGGUGUCGAAAUUUAUCUUACAAAGUUGCAGAAAAACCAAUUUGACAUAUAUGAUACUUCAUUACAAAAAAGGAACUCUACUCUACCCUUUAGUUUAUAUUUUAAGAGGCUUCUUAAUAAAUAUUAGGAAAAUAAUUACAAAAAUGUUAAAAUGAAGAUGUGUAAAGAGCAUGUUAAUACAUUUUUAAAUAAGAUAACUUACUACGAGAUAACUAAACAAAAUUUUGAUGAUAAUGAAUUUAGUUGAUUCGUAUAAUUCAUUAAUUAAUCAAGCUAGCAAUACAGUGCUUUGUAGGAAACACUUGUUACAAACAGAUGAGACCAUACUAUGUUCCUUAUUAAUUAGUAUUCUAAUGUAGAUUAUGUAGAAAUAAUUUUCAAUGAACUGGAUUUUAUUUGCAAGUAUUUCAAAAUGUAAUUGUGUGAUAACUAAAAAAAUGUCAAAUAUAGGUGUUGUAGUGAAUAAAACCAUUGGAAAAAGAA